CGUUUCUUCCGUGUCGAACUUUCAUUCGAUUUCUGAAAAAUCUACUUGUAACAAUCACUUGUCUAUUCUUCCCCAAUUCCGAAACCCUAAUCCCCAAUUCUCAAACCCUAAUUCCACCUGCAAAUCACCAUCACCAUACAAAUCAAUGUCACCAAAACCCGUAGGAACCUCCCGUCACGCCAUUGAAACCUGCAUCUACAAGCUCCACAGCUGGAAACCUUUUCAUCUUCCCACAUCAUUCACCAAAACCCUAGAAAAAUCCGACACAAACACCACCACUAAAACACCUAAAACCCCUAAUGGUAAACCUCACAAACGCCCCUGUCUCUCCGAUCGCGCAACCUCGUUCUCAAUCGAACACCUUGACAUGUCCAAACUCUCAUUAUUCGACGAAGAAGGUGGCUUUCAAUCCUCGGUGAAAUCGAAGCGUGAUCGGGUUCAUUACAUGGCUCGGAAGAGGCGGAGGCGUGGAUCGCGGUCGGUUUCGGGUAGGAGUAGUGAUCAGAGUGGGACGAGGAGGCGGUGUUGUUCGGUGGGAGCGUCGAAUAAUGCGUACGGGUCGAAUGCGUACGGGACGUGUUCGGAUUUUAUGAUGGCGAAUAACGCGGGGACGGAUUCGAGUGGGGAGUUGUUUGUGAAUGGGGGAGGUGGAGGGGAUGUGAAUUGGGGGGUGGAGGUUGGGGAAGUUGUCGGUAGAGGGUUGCGGAGAGAGAGUGGUGAUCGGGAGAAUUCGAAUAGCGGUUUAAGUGGAUUGCAAUUGCAUCAUGGUUAUGGGGGUUUGGAUAGUCAAGGGAAUGAGUCGGGGUAUGGGAGUGAGCCUGGGUAUCGAGGGGAUGCUGAGUUCGGGUACGGUGAUGAGUUUGAUGAGGAAGAGGAUGAUACAAGGUUGUUGUUUUGGGGCAACAAGUUUGGAGAUGCAAUAAAUAUGGAAACAAUAGGUGAGAAUACAUUGGCAAAAGCUCAUCACAGGUGUCGACGCAAGAAACACGAGCUUAGAAUGAUCGAUGCUGUUUGAGGACACAAGCUUUUAAUAUCAAUCACAUCUCCACCAAUGAAGGAUUGCAACAAGUUAUAACAGCUUUAAUGCAUCAAAAUGUAAUUUACAAACUCUUUUGUUAUUGUAUGCAAGAAGGAUAUUUUUUUUAUAUCUACUGGCAUGCAAGCAGCAUUCUAUAGCAGGUAUAAUUGAUGACGUGGCAAACUGCCACGUCAUUAAAAAUAUGCUACCGAAGGCGCUUCACAUACAAUAGAAAGAAAAAAACAUUUCUUUAUAUAUGAUAACUCAAAAGGUGAAGUAAGUUGCGGGUAGAUGUAAUUAACCCUUGUUAUAACUUAUCUAAUGACAGUUUACUCUUAUCAUCUACGAGAUAAGUGAACUGUAAUUAUUGAGGUAGAAAAGUUCUCCGGUAUUCUCCAAGCACAGCACUCAGGUUUGUCACUUUUUUUUCCGACUGUUUGUAACCAUAUUUUGCUGACAAGAGAAGAUAGGUCAAGGCUUGGUGACUUUUAAGAGUGAUUAAUAUGAUCUGACACUUUUGUUUA